AUGACUUGGACUCUCGGGGUUGAAAUUGUGGGUCCUUCGGCUCGUAUCGAGCUACGACAUAGGACUCAAGGGACCAACACAAGAUGCAUCUCAAAUGCUGAUAUUCUUCACCAUGCCGUGGCCAAGAAUUCUCAGGCCAAAGCCCAAUCUCAAGAGUCUUAUCACCAUGGCGUUAUUCCAUCCCAAAGUCGGAAGUUUUUCCCUGUAGAUGAGACCUCAUCGAACAAAGGAAAGCCAAAAAGCUCAGCCCUAUUAGGUGUUGUCUCCAGUCAGUGCUACCGCCAGCCUCGAUUUUUCGCAUGGACGAAGAAAUCGGAUGAGAAUGCAUCAGGAAACGAGCUUUCUGAUGCUUAUUCCUCAAGUUCGCAAGCACAUAUACGGUCUGGAAGCCCGCCGCUUGAACAACCACAAUCAAGGACCCUAACCUCUGAGUCACAUCAAGAACCUUCCUAUGCAGUUAGAUCCUUGUCUCCACAGAUAGCUCUUGGUGAAACCAGGCCAGAUCCGUUUGAUGCGCUGCCCUCGCCGCCAAAUGAUGAAUCGCAGCAACUAGUGGAUUGCUGGAUCUCAAAGUUAACCCCAUGGCCAGGAAAGAACCAUUUUAUGAAGCAAUCUGUGUACAAAGAAGCUAUGAUGCACACCAUGACUUUUCACGUUUGUGUAUUUACGUACACCGCUCGCUAUCUAGCUAGCGUGUCAACUAAGAAUAACAUUCAAAGUUCUUCGUACGUCUCCCCUGCUGAGAACAUGCUCAACGCGUACCCGGGAAAUAGUCAAUACCAAGGGGAUGGUGCUUCGACGAUGGCGUUCACUGCUCUAUCUGUACAAGAGGCCAGAUACGGGAACAAAUGCAAAUCCAUCAAGUACUUGGAUGCCGCACUGCAGAGCUUGAGUCGACGAAGAUAG